AUGCCCACGUCAAGUAGCAUCCUGCAGAAGUUCCUCAGCAACGGUUUGGCCUUUGGCAAGUCCAGCAAACUGGCGCUGGUGGUCCGUGCCGACCUGAAGAUGUCCAAGGGCAAGACGGCGGCCCAGUGCGCCCAUGCGGCGGUCAUGUGCUACCAGAGCUCAAUGCAAGGAACCAAACUGCAAAACGUUAUACUGCAGGAAUGGUGCCGCCUUGGCCAACCGAAGAUCGUUCUCCGCGUGGACAACUUUGAGCAGCUGAGCUCCCUGGAACGGCAGGCCCAGCAGGCCAACGUGGUGGCCGCCUUGGUGCGGGAUGCUGGACGCACUCAACUGGAAUCCGGAACGGCCACGGUGCUCGGAUUGGGACCUGCCCCCGCCGAGGAUCUGGACAAACUGGUGGCGCACUUGAAACUCUUGUGAACUCUUAGGUUUAUGCAAAUGUUACAAAUAAAGUACAAGUAAUUAACAACUGUU